AUGCAGCAGCCUGUCAUCAUUUCAGUCGAGUCAAUACCUCGAGACGACACGAUCUUCUUCAAGGACUCGACGUUCUUCACGCAUCACACCCUUGCCGAUCUUCCCUCCAAGGAGCAGAUCAUUGCGGCUGCUCUUCCUGGUUACAGCAAUGCCGUUUCCCUGUUCCCCUCGUUGUCGCUUGCGGUCAAGCGUAUCAGGGGAAUGGCGUACGGGGAGUGUCUGGCAGAGCCACAAAGUUUGUGGGCGCUGCGCCGGUUCGUGCCCGAGGUGCGCGUGCCUGAGGUGUACGGGUGGCGGCGCGAGGAACACGCCACAUACCUGUUCAUGGAGCUCAUCGAUGGGGUCACACUUCUAGAGAGGUGGCCAUCGCUCCAAGAGCACGAGAAGACCGCCAUAUGUACGGAGCUGGGCAUGAUGGUUCGUGCUCUCCAGCGCACAAAGCGUCCUUCCGGAGACAAGUUCAUCGGUACCAUCAGUGGACAGGUCUCCGCCGACAGGAUGAUUCAUGGCCGCAAGGAAAAGGCGUUUCCGGACGCUCGCACGUUCUACGAAUUCUUCAUGCAAGUACUCGAGAAAGAUCGAGAGAAGGCCUACCAGAUCGGCAUGCCCCGGCUCGAUGAUGACGCUCCAGUCGUGUUCACGCACGGAGACCUGUACUUUAGUAACAUCAUGGUCUCACGCACUGAGGCCCGGGUCAUGGCAAUCAUCGAUUGGGAACAGGCGGGCUGGAUGCCGCAGUUUUGGGAGCAUGCGAAGGUUCGGCUACUGAUGAUGUGGCAGGACAAUGCUGUGGCGGAUGACAUGUUGAAGUACUUUCCGUCUGUUGUUGAUGAAAUCAACGAGGACGUGUUCAAGGCAUUCGUGUACUAUGUGGAUGCAUGGGGCAAUUAUUGA